GUCGAACCUUCCUUGUGUUUGUUGGCGUGCGUUUUUUGCUGCACAGAGGCGGGUGCGAAUCUUAGCUGCAACAAGAUAGUGGUCCGAGUCGAUGUUAGGACCUCGGAGCGCACGCACAUCUAAAACACUGGAGACGUGUCUUCCGUCUAUCACAACAUGAUCGAUCUGGUUGGUAGUUUUUCAAUCCGGAGACAGCCAGGUAGCUUGAUGUAUCUUCUUAUGCUGGAAUCUAGUACUACAGAUAACCAUAUUUCGGGCCCCGGCGAAGUCGAUCAGCCUCAACCCAUUUGGGGAUGUUUCCUCGUGGAGGCUGAAUUUACCGACCGUAGUGCCAAAGAUACCUUCUUUGCCCACCCAGGCGUUGAAGUCGCCAAGCACGAUUUUGACAUCGUGGCGGGAGCAUCUCUCAUAAGUGCGCUCCAAGCACUCAUAAAAAGCAUCUUUGGUCACAUCGUCCUUCUCUUCCGUCGGGGCGUGGGCGCAAAUCAGCGAUAUGUUGAAGAACCUCGCUUUGAUGCGGAUUGUGGCUAGACGUUCAUUCUCCGGAGUGAAUGAUAGUACUCGGCGACAGAGUCUCUCUCCCACCACGAAUCCAACACCAAACUUGCGCUCCUUUAUAUGGCCACUGUAGUAAAUGUCACAAGGACCUUCGCGUCUCUGUUCUUGUCCCGUCCAUCGCAUUUCUUGGACGGCGGUGAUGUCAGCCUUUAUCUUUACGAGGACAUCUACCAGCUGGACAGCGGCACCUUCCCAAUUAAGGGGACCGGACAUUCCAGGUGCAUGCCCUCAAAUCAUAGUCCUUAUUUCGUUUGCCAUGGUCGUCAUCAAAAGGAGGGUCUCUCAUCCGAGGCUGUUUUUUCUUUUCAUUGGGGGUGUUUUUUACGUGGCGGGUCCCUAACCCAGCGCACAACCCUAUGCAGGGGAUGUUUCGCCUUCUCACUUUAGCUCGCCUUCAAACGGAUGUUCUUAGGCUACCCAGAGGAUACUUGGUCAAAGGCCGGAAGUCGUGAGCUGCUUGAGUCAUAUGUAAAAGAAUCGUUUCUGGCCACUCCCAAGUGAAUGGCGAUCAGAGAACUUUCCUCACUUGCGUGAACUUCUACACAUGACUCCAUUCUCCACACAAAUAGCAAGCAUUGGAAAAUGGUUUCGUACCUUAAGUUAGCAGAUCUCUACUGCAACUGCAGUUUCCAAAUCUUUUUCUUUAACAAUAGCGCGAGUUGAGGAACGUUUUCCUUAUAGUAGUAACAAACAUCGAAAACACCUUGAGUUGGAACAAUUGAAAUGCACUAUCACUACAACAAACAAUCUUAAACAAACGAACAUCAAACCUUGAGUUUGAAUACCACAACAACCUUAUCUUGAAACAAAGCAAAUGUAUCUAAGUUAACAAACCUAAACAAAUAACAUAAUCUGUAUUUAAACAAGCAAUCAACUAGUAAUAAAUAAAAUUACCAGUUAGUAUAAAUCGAAGUAAGAACCAUGUAAUAAGUAAGUAUUAAUAUAGAGUACACAUUUUGGUACAGCUCAAAUAUAUAUUCUUUUGACUCAUUUUUACUUCUGGUAAAAAUUUACUCGCGCCAGUCGUUUCUUCUUUUUGCAACGUGGCGCCAAUUAGAAAUUCCAAACGAAGCCAAGUCCUUUCUACCUGAUCUUUCCAACGGAGUGGAGGUCUUCCUUUUCCUCUGCUUUUCCGGUGGGUAUUGCGUCGAAUACUUUCAGAACUGGAGUAUUUUCGUCCACACGUACGAUAUGACUCAGCUAGCACAGCCGCUGUUUCUUUAUUCGCUGAAAUCUACUGUGCACAAUAAAUAAGGUGACAUUUGUCGUCGAGGGAUUUGCAGAAUUAUUAGUCACAUUUAUGUAAAAUUUCAUGUCAAAAUAUUCAUUAGUGUUUGAGAUACGUGUCGUUUUGUGAGCUGGUAAAUGUGAGUUUUUCGUUUUUUGCGAUGUCGAAAUUUUUUUAUACGAUAGAGGAGAUUCAAGCCGCAGCGAAGACGGACCAGAAGGCCAUCCCGGAAAGUGACUACAGCCAGUGUUUAGAAGAUUGGAAAAUCCAUUGGCAUAAGUGCAUUGCAUCUAGAGGGGAUUACUUUGAAGGGGAUGAAAUUGAUUUGGAAGAAUAAAUAAAGAAUUUUCAAAAUAAAUACAAUGUCACCUUAUUUUUUGGGCACAAUAUCUCAUACAUCGAAUGCGAUGUUCGUCGUACCCAAAGUGCAAAGGACCAUAAAUAUUUCCCGGAGCCUUUCUCUCGAAAACUGAUAAUGUCGACUCAUUAGAUGUUGUCAUCGUCCAUGCCUCUGCACCAUAUAGCAGGACGGGAAUAAUGAGUGACUCAUAAGUUUGGUUUUUGUUCGUCGAGAGAAGGUUUUACUUCUCAAUUUCCUACUCAUUCCAAAGUAGCACCUGUUGGCAAGAGUCAUUCUGUGCUGACUUUCGAGGCUGACAUUGCUGUUGCUGUUAAUGCUGGCUCCAAGAUAGACGAAAUUAUCUACGACUUCUUAGUUAGGAAUGUUACGAAGUUAGAAUGGCCUUAGUCGGACCCUUGGUAGGAGCGCUUGGGUGGUCAUCACCCAUGUUGGAUUGCUGGAAGCAGUUACACCGAUGACGCCGAAGCUUGUGGAGACCUGGUUGAUUGUGGUCAGGAGUAAGGGGCCUACAACUUCCUAUUCAAGAAGGUCGUUAAGGAGAUGGGUCCCUCAUUUGGAGUGCGGAUCCAUGAAGUCCGACCAAUUAAGGGGGUACUCUCAUGUGAGCGCAUACAUUUUACCAAUUUUUAGGAUUUUUUUUUUAUGCGACAACAAAAUUCAGUCAUUUUAAUUUUUUAAUAUAUUUUUAUUUGUAUUUUCAAAUGUACAAAAAAAAAAAUUUCGUUUUUUACAUUUUUAAUAUACAUAUAUAUUUUUUUUUAAAUCAAAUUAGUCGCCAAUGAAAAAAAGUCUUUCACUGGUCAUGGUGAUAGCGGCUAUUCAUGUUGUCUGAAAUAAAAAAAAUCGAAUGGAUUAUUAUUCAGUAGUUCGGCGGCUAUCGUCCCUACCAAAUAUAAUCAAUUUCAUUUAAAAAAAUGUCUGUUUAAAUGAGUUAAGCAUUCACCCCUUCUACCCGGUAAAACUGGCGCAUCCUAAUGAAACAGCGCAAUUCACCACAGGAUGCCACUACUAAACGACAUUCAGCCAGUGGUCACCACACAACGACAUCGCAUGCCGCUAAACCAACAAAAAGGGAUUUGAACAAUUCGAUCAACACUUCGUUAGAUACGAUGCGCUCAUCAACAUUCAACAAGACAUUCGAUCUUACGCAGCGCCACGUAAAUAAACUCUUCGUUCGUUAACUCAGCGGUCCGGGAUGCAAUUUAUAUCCACAGCGCUCCAUACAUCUACCUACCAUCGUCGUCCGUUAAUUAAUAUAAGUCAAUAUAAAUUUUACAUUAAUGUUUUUUAUAAGAAAUUAAUAAAAAUUAUGUUAAAUGAUUGUACAUUUUAAAUUGAGCAUUUUUAUUAAAGAAUCGUUGAAGUGGCUUGUACUUUGAUUUGCAAAUUUAAGCAGCAAUUUAUUCAUGGUCCAAACUAAAACUAAAACAAAACAAAAAUCAGUGCAGUGCAACAAAGUGCAGUGACCCAACCUGAACAAAACUCAAAAAAAUAGCAACAUCCCUAUAUAACAUACAUACAUAUAUGUACAUAAUAAACAAAAACAAGCAGGAUUGCUUGCAAAAAAGCGAAUUGAUCUCUCUAACGAGCUCUCAAUUGCUUUAAGUAUAACAUAAAAACAUAAGCAUAAAGUCACACAAACAAUUUGUGCUUACUUAUGUAAAUAGCGCAUUGAUCUCUUCAGCGAGCUCACAAAACAUAAGUACCUUCAUAAGCACAUACAUACAUACAUGCAAGUCCAAGUAUUAGGGUGUACCUAAAUACAAAAUUUCGGACAUCAAAUAUUUUAAUUAAUAAAAAGCGCGGUUUUUUAAUACAAAUUCACAAUUCAAAUAUAUUUUCGAACUAAAAUAUAAAUAGAUAAUAUUAUUUUGCAAAAAUGGUUAACAACAAAAAUAAUCAAAAUACACCUGCAGGAGCUACACGCCCAAAACAGGUUGCUAAAUUUAUUUCAGAAAGUGACAGUUUAACAAGAUACUGCACUAGAUUUGCCUCUUCACCGAUUCAAGAAAACUCUGAAUCGUUAUUAGAAAUAAAAAGCCAAAAUCUUAAAAAUUUCUGGUCUCGUCUCCAAGCGGCUCAUGACGCCAUAGUAGAAUCUGACGAUUCAAACGUACCACAAAAUUUGAAACAAUCGGCUUACGCAAUAUAUGAAAACUGCUUAGACCAAUAUGAAGAAACAAAAGCUAUGAUCUCCGAUCAAUUAAAGCUAAUAAAAGCAAUUGCACCUACUCUACAUCCGAGAGUAGAGCUGCCACAAAUGCAACAAUAUCAAGAGGCAAGUUCAGGCAUCCAACUCGAGUUGCCCGCUUGUGACGCAGAAACCUUUUACGGAGGUUAUGAAGAAUGGCCGUCCUUCCGGGACAUGUUCACGGCCGUGUACAUAAACCAUCCUCAAUUAUCACAACCGCAAAAAUUGUAUCACCUCAGAUACAAAACAAAAGGUCAAGCAGGCGAAAUAGUUAAACAGUUCGCAUUAAAUGACGACAAUUUCAAUUUGGCUUGGGGAGCUCUAAAAGCUAGAUUUGAAAACGAAAGAAUACUGGUCGACAAGCAAGUAACGACACUAAUGAACUUGCCAAAAAUUAAAAAAGAAACAAGUGUAGAAUUCAGCAAACUAGAAUCCACUGUUUCUAAUUGUUUGUCGGUUCUAUCGACACUUAAUAUUCCCACAGACAGCUGGGACCCAAUUCGGGUAAGCAUUUGCACCGCCGCAUUACCAGAAAAGUCGUUAAUUCUAUGGGAGCAAUCGCUCUCAUCACGGAAAAAGUGCCCAACGUGGCAACAAAUGAAAGAUUUUCUCACCACCCAAUAUGAAAUUGCGGAAAGGUUAGAAGAAAAAAUAAUAAAAAAUAAGAACAUUAAACACGACCUCAAUGUAAGCUUUAAUAGACCCCAAGCUAGAAGCAAAAGCAAAUCAAAUAUAAUUUUUAACAAAACACAAACGUUCACAUCCGAACAGAGAAAACAUACGUCGUGCGAACUAUGUAAAAGAGGGCAUACAUUUAAAACUUGCGAGAAGUUUAAAAAAUUAAACCUUAACGAAAGGAACAACUUUGUCAGAUCAAAAAGACUCUGUACAAACUGCUUGUCCCACACACAUAAUCUUAAAAAUUGCAAAAGCAAAUUUAACUGCUUAUAUUGUCAUAAAAGACAUCACACAAUGCUUCAUUACAGCAGAUAUCCCAUCUCACCCCAAAGAAGCGCAUUUAUAAAACAAACCAAGAGUUUAAUUGCAAAAGCAAAUCCGGAAACUGAAAAUACUAACAGUUGCCAACAGACACCAUGCUGCUCAAAGGCACAAAGAUCUCAAACGCUGCACAGUCAAACACAAAGUGGACUAGUUGCAGAACCAGUUACCACCACACCAACUCAAGUUGAGAAAACACAAAAUCAAUACCUUAAUUCACAAUUAAGGAAAUUUCGAAAUAUAGGGAAACUUCCUCCUAUAUUAAAAGCACAUACAACUUUUCGGCCCCGCAGGAUGGCUUUCGCCAAUAAUGAAAAAAAAAAUCUGAACAGAUCCUAGAGCGGUGGCGGCCUACUAAACGCCAAAUUAGUACAUACAUAAAAACAUAAAAUAAAAAUAAAUAAUAAACACAAUAGUAUCAAAAAAUCGACAUUUUCAUACAUUUUCAAAAUACUUACAGUAUCAAAAGGAAGUCAAGGGAUCACCAUACUCCCAAUGCGAUACAGUGACGCACCUAGACUUAACAAAAGCAAAGGUAGCUCUUAUCGCACCUACAUUAGCGCUUCUCGUAAGGGUAGUUGGUGAGAGUCUGUUGUACAACUUGAACAUACCACUUAAAAAAUUAUUAUUCUAAUGAAGCCGUUCGCAAUAACCGGCCACUCUCUCGCAAGAACCCUCUAAUUCCUCAGCUCAAAACUCAAGGCUAAAGAGCACGCACUCUGGCCAUAUCUGAGUCAGACGUGGUGUCGCUAUAUUUCAUAAAUAUAAAAAUAAAUGAAAACCAUUUCAAAAAAAGCAAAGAAUAUGUAACCGAUAUAAGAAAUUUUAAAUAACCGCUAUUAAAAUAAAUAAAAGCAAACAAUUUUUUUUUACUAAAAUAAUAAGUCGUCAAAACACGCAAAAAGAAAUUACUACCUCAAGCACCACUACUUACAUACAAUGCAAAUUUAUAUUAAAAUCAAAAUAGUUUUUUACGUCUAAUAUUCUGCGCUCU